AUGACCCAACUUGUUGGUUUUUUGAAAGAAGGGAGGCAAGAAUUUAUUGAUAUUUUGAGAAGGUGUUCAAAAAGUUUGAAACUUGAUCAGGGAAUGCAAGUUCAUGGAGCAAUAUUAAGAACGGGUUAUGAAGUUGAUACUAUGAUAAACAAUGAUUUGAUUGAUAUGUAUGGGAAAUGUGGGAAAUUGGAUUUGGCACAUAAGGUGUUUGAUAGAAUGGUUGAUAGGAAUGUAGUCACUUGGACUUCUUUAAUGUGUGGGUAUUUACAGCAAGGUAAGGCUGUAGUAUCAUUGGCUAUUUUUAAAGAGAUGGGUUCUUCCGAAGUGAAUCCGAAUGAGGUUACUUUGUCAUCGAAUGUAAAAGCUUGUGGGGUUCUAGGUGUUGUGGAUACUGGGGUGCAGAUUCAUGGGUUGAGUUGUAAAAGUGGUUUUGAAUGUUAUCUCGUUGUCGGGAACUCUUUGCUUGAUAUGUAUGCAAGAUGUGGAAGAAUAUACGAGGCAGCUCAGGUGUUUAAUGAGAUGCCUUAUAGAAGUCUAAUAAGCUGGAAUGCUAUGAUAUCACGAUAUGCUCAUGGAGCAAUGGGUGAUAAGUCCUUACUUCUGUUUCAGGAGAUGCAGAAACAAGGAGAAAUUCCAGAUGAGUACACAUUUGCUAGCACAUUAAAAGCGUGUAGUGGUUUAGGGGCUAUUCGCGAAGGAUCCCAAAUUCAUGCUUUCUUGAUUACUCAUGGUUUUCCGUUGUUGGCUACGACAAUUAUUGCAGGUGCACUUAUUGAGUUGUAUGUAAAAUGUGGCUACUUAAAUCAAGCGAGGGCAUUGUAUAAUCAAGUUGAACAGAAGAGCGUGAUAUUAUGGACAUCACUGUUUCUUGGUUAUGCGCAAGAAGCAAACUUAUUAGAGGCCAUGGACUUUUUUAGGGAGCUUAGAAACAGUAAAAUUGAAGUUGAUGGACAUGUAGUCUCAAGCAUCGCGGGUGUCUUUGCUGAUUAUGCACUAGUUGAACAAGGGAAACAAAUUCAUUCUUAUGCGGUUAAAGUUCCGGAAGAUGAUAUUUCAGUACCUAAUGCAAUUGUCGACAUGUACCUAAAGUGUGGACAAAUAGAGGAAGCAGAAAAACUUUUCAAUGAUAUGCAGGAAAAAAAUCUGGUGUCUUGGACUAUUAUGAUCACUGGGUACGGAAAGUAUGGUCUUGGCAUAGAAGCAGUAGACCUUUUCAAGAGGAUGCAGUUAGAUGGUAUUGAGCCUGAUGGAGUAACUUACUUGGCUCUGCUAGCGGCUUGUAGCCAUUCCGGACUUGUUGAAGAAAGUCGAGAAUAUUUCUCAAGAUUGUGUAGAGAUCGUCAUAUCAAGCCUAAGGUUGAGCAUUAUGCUUGCAUGGUUGAUAUUCUUGGCCGAGCUGGACGCUUGAAUGAAGCUAAGAAUCUCAUACACAAUAUGCCAUUCAACCCGAGUACAGGUAUCUGGCAGACAUUGCUUAGCUCAUGCAGAGUACAUGAGAACUUGGAAAUGGGGAGAGAAGUAGAAAGGAUUCUUCUGAAUCUGGAUGGUAACAAUCCAGUUAAUUAUGUUAUGGUAUCAAACUUGUAUGUUGGCGCUGGCUACUGGAAAGAGAGUGAGAGACUGAGGAAAGUGGCUAAAAGGAAAGGAUUAAAGAAAGAUGCUGGACGCAGUUGGAUUGAGAUUGACAAGGAAGUUCACUUUUUCUUUAACAGAGACGAGACACAUCCACUAACCCGAAAAAUCCAUGAAGUAUUGGAAGAAACUGAGAGAAGGAUGAGGCAAGAGAUAGGGUAUACUUCUGAUGUACGGUAUGCAUUGCAUGAUGUUGAAGAGGAGACGAAGGAGGAGAGCUUGAGAGUGCAUAGCGAGAAGUUGGCAAUUGGGCUGGCACUACUUUGUGGUGGAAUGGAGAAAGGGGGUAAGCCUAUUCGAAUAUAUAAGAAUCUCAGAGUUUGUGGGGAUUGUCAUGAGUUUAUCAAAGGCUUGUCGAAGAUCUUGUCAAAGGUGUUUGUUGUGAGAGAUGCUAGUAGAUUUCACAAGUUUGAAGAUGGACGGUGUUCAUGCAACGAUUAUUGGUGAUAUCUGUGUACACAGGACACUAAAGGUCAUUAUUAUCACAAGUAUAUUAUCUGCUGUCUGAAGUCAUUAAGGUGAUAAAUUCCAUUGCAAUGAGUAUAUUUCGACCAUUUGGAUUAUGCUCUGAAGAUCUUUAAAAACUGGCAAAUUGAAAGGGAUGCAUUAGAGGAUUUUUUUUCUUGUCUUAUGAUGUGGUUUGACUGCGACCUGCGGGACAAGUCCUUGGGCUAUUCGAGGAAGAACUGCAAAUAACCUGGCUGGAGACUUCUAUAACUUGCCUUGAGUUACCUCGUUGGCACAAGAAACUUCAGAGUAAGGGUCUUAAACAAGGAGAAGAAUAAGUCCUAGGCCGUGGAAAGGAGAAAAAUUAGUGAAAAAGACUCUUUACGCAAUAUCACCUAAAUGCUCAUCAGUGAUGCAUCCAGGUAAUGUCAACUAUGUGGUCAUCAGUGCAAGUAUGGAAGACUACAUAGCGAAAGGAACUAUACCAGAAUUACCCUAGAAGCACUUCCAGACCCUAAAAACCCAUUUACAAAUUACUACUUGUAUUGCAGUUUAUUCUGCUUACUUUAUCUAUUUCAUCCAAUAUUAUUAGUAGAUAUAAAAAGCAGAAUAGGUUCUCAUGCAUGCAAGGAUCAACUCAUGUUUUGUUAUUAAGACACUGUAUUUAAGAAACACUGCGCACAAUAGAUAGCGUGUAUAUUUUCAGUAACAUGCUAGCCUUUUGGGGAUGCCACUAGCUCUUUCAUUUACAUAACCAAAGUGAUCAGCAAAUUGCACGCAGUUUCUAGCUGCAAUGGAUUAUUGUCGUGGCCGUGCUGGUAUUGCUCAUGUUCGUGGAGAUGCUAUCGCAGAAACAAUAGGACUUCUCACAACAUGUUUUCCGUUAAUCUCAUUCCAGCUUAAGUAUCCAUAGUUACCAAUGUUAUCACUCUCUGGAGAAAGACUGAGAUCAACGGUGACUGUCAUGUUAAACUCUGCAGUGCUGUACUUUCCCGAAAAUGUAAUUGUUGAUGGCUGCACAGCCACAUGCAUGCCAGUAGAUGGUGCCUUCACAACAGCUCGAUAAGAAGCACUUGUAUCAACUGUAUUAGUUAACACUCUCUUGAAGGUGUAAGUAGUUGUAUUAGUAUUGUUGAGAAUGACUAUGAAAGAAGGGUAGUUAAGAUCAAGAGUUGAAAAUUCACAUGAAAAGUCUGAUCUUCGUGCAAGAAGCAUGAUCUCAUCUCUGGUGUAGUUCAUGGCACAAAGGUAACUGAUGUAGUCUUCAGGUUUUAUAUCAUAGACAAGACCAGGGUCCAUGGCCUUGUUAGGGUUAACAUGUCCUGCGCCAUAGUCAAGAGGAGUCCCACUUACUCCAGUUGUCAUGUCUAUAAUCGGACCAUUGCUGUUGUCAAAUAUGUCAGCAGUUGUCAUCAUUGCAGAUCGUAUGACAGCUGAGCUCCAGUCGCUGUGUGUGGCUUUUAGUAAUGCAGCAAUGCCAACUAUAUGGGGAGACGCCAUGGAUGUACCUGAUAAAAGGGCAUAAUCUGUGAGCAGAUAAUCAUCGUCUCCAAUUACUGCAGAUCCUCUGUUUGGUGCCCAUGCAGCCAAGAUAUCAACUCCUGGUGCCAAGAUAUCUGGUUUAAGGAUCCAAGGAGACCUUGUGUCAGGCCCUCGUGACGAGAAAUCUACAACCUGAGGAGCUGGUUUGAUGCCCAACUGAGUUAUUUGGAACUUGAUGCUCACAGUUGGAUUAUCUGAGUUGAUUAAAUAGGACUUCAUCACCUCUGCGAGUUCAGGGAUCAUGACAACGUAUGGCACGUUAAAUUCAUCAGGCUUCAGAAACUGGCCAUCGUCAGAAAUGAAUACUACACCAGCAGCACCAGUUCUAUUCAUCUCAUACAGUGGUUCCAUAUACACAAGAGGCUCAGUAGUGAAAUCACAAAAGAUGUACUUUCCCUCUACAUCUUUGGGGUCUAGGGAAUCAGCAAGACAGAGUUCCUUGCUUCUAUUUCCAUGUCCAAAAUAUAUAGGGACCCUAGAAACUAACAAGUUUUCAGGAUACACUGAUUUCCCAGUGACCACGACAUUCCCCUCACCAAGUGUUACCCUAGCCACGAAUGCUCUGUCUACUGUCCCUGCCCCAACUGCAGUGAUCCAAGGAGCUCCAUUGUUGAUAGUAUAACCAUGAGGUCCUCCAUUACCAGCAGAACAAGACACAAAAAUUCCCUUCUCCAUUGCUGCAAAAGCCCCCAAUGCAAUUGGGUUUCUAUAAAAGGGUACAUCAAAAAAGCCUAGAGACAAGGACAUGAGAUCUACACCAUCUUCAAUGGCCUGAUCCAUACCUGCCAUUGUAUCACUCGCAGCUGCAUCAUAUGAGUUGUUGAGAAACAAAACUUUGUACAUAGCCAGCCUAGCCUUCGGAGCAAUACCACUAGCUGUUCCUUUUGCAUAACCAAAGUAAUCAGCAGACUGGACGCGGUUUCCAGCUGCAGUAGAUGAUGUAUGAGUCCCAUGGCCAAAAUAAUCCCUCGGAGAAUCAUAAUCGUCAAUUGUAAUGUUCAUUUCAAUUUUCAUCCCUUUGCUAAAUGAGCGCGCACCAAUAAGCUUCUUAUUACAAUUUGAAGAAUUGAAUUCCACCCCAGUUUCACAAGCACCACGCCAGCGCGAAGGGACUGGAGGCAUCCCUUGAUCACGAAAACUCUCACUUUCUGGCCAUAUUCCAGUAUCAAUUAUCCCUAUAAUCAUGUCAUCACCAAACCCUGAAGUUGGCCAGAGUCCAACAUGUUUCUUUAGGCCUAAAAACUUAGGGGUAUGAGUCGUAUGACGAUGUCCAAAUGUUUCAUUAAACGUGGCAAGAUGACCAGGCAUCCCCUGUACUUGUUCAACAUGUUUCUCUGAGAGAACUGCACUAAAGCCAUCCAUGACAUGAUUAUAGGUAUACAAAUGUGUUGGAGAAACGCCAUCAUGCUCGAGAGAAGAGAGCGUUGACAUGUACCAGCUGUGGUGAGUGGCAAAUGGAGCUGGCAUCUUAGACUUAUCCAUGUGGAUAAUGUAGGUUUUGUGAUCAUCUGAUGCUGAGGACCAGACAGACACUGAAACUAAGAGUAAACACCAAAGUAAAA